AGUGGCAACCCCGCUAUCGGCGCCGUCGGUUCCAUCGCUCCAUACGACCGUGUGGCCAACACGCUCUUUGAAUCCCUCGACUUCCGGGGUUACGUUGGGCCGUACCUUUGUACUUCCGGCCGUAAAUCGAAAGGAAGACCGCGCGUAAUAGUGUUUCUUUUUCAAGCGACGUCGCGUUCCUUCCGGAGGUAGAUCCGGACGAGAUCCGACAGGUUAUCGAGUCGGUGGUGUCCCGUCGAUAUCGUUAUCUGAAGAGGUCACCGACGAUGACAUCGUGACACGACUACCGUGCGCGAUACGCGCGGCGCAAUUGCGCCGGAUAGACAAGGCGCGCGCGGAUAUUACUAUCAAACCGAGCAGGCAGUGAGCGAUUACUUUGUGGGUGGAAGCGGAAGCGCUUCGCGACGAUUUUGCCGAACGAGUUUACGGGUGUGCGUAGGUGAGGCGAAUAGAGGACCACGGGCGAGAAGAAGAGGUGUUUAUCGGCAAAAUAAAUCAUUCACACGCGCGCAAUGAUGGGAUCGUGAGCCGCGGGAGUUCGAUAAUAGCGCAUUCGUCGUCGUUGUUACUUCGCAGUUGUGCCUCGGAGAUCCCUCGUGACAUCCCGACUGUCGUGACGACGAUCUCCGAUAGUGUGUGCACCUGAAGUGAAAAUCGAAGGAAUUUUGAUUCGCGACGCGCACCGAUUUCACGAAUUCCGCGAGGAAUUCGCGGCUACUGCGAAUUUUUUCGUUCGGUUACUUGUUACGAACGUAACGAAGAUGCGCCAGUGUUUAAGAAAGAGAUGAUGUCGCGCGUUUAUAAAUAUGCGAUCAAUGCAGCUAUCGCGCUCACAGUGACAUAAGCGAUGCCUAGUGCAUCCGUAAGCACACGUAGUCACUUCAUUUUACGUCUUCCGUUGAGUGUUUUACGCGCUAGAAGAAGAUACCAUACAUCCGCCGCAUGGCUCGACUCGGUGUACUGGUACACCGUGGCAGAGCGAACAAUGGAUAUGGGAAAAGCAGAGGCUAAGUAGCAGGCUGCAGGUACAGGAACGGAGACGGCGCGAAAAGUAGAUUGGCGAGAGGCGUGCGGCCGACAGAAAGCGAGAGUGGUGUACGCCAGGAGGACAGGCAGUACGGCGGAGGGCGAACGAAAGGUACGGGAGGGUCGACCGUUGUGACGAAGUCGCGGGGACGAAGUGUGGAGCCGCACGAAAAAUGAGGGAGCACGGUCUGCCGGAUGUGUGGCGGCUGGUGUGGUUGCUCUGCCUCGUGUUGACGACGAGCUUGGCGCAAACAUCGCAUCUCUGUCCGACCCCCACCGAGAUCUCGCCCUGUUCCUGCAGCGUGAAGAAGGCCGGCCUGGACAUCGUGUGCGAGAUCACUGACAUGACACACAUCUUGAAGGCCAUGACCUUGCUCAAGGGAAAGUCGAACAUAGUGAUAUUCUACCUUAGGCUUAGGCACAACAACUUGCCCAAGCUGCAGGGAUACGUGUUCCUCGGGCUCAACAUACAUCAUCUCACUAUCCACAACAGUAGCCUCGCGGUGCUCGAGGAAGCCUCUCUUAGUUCUCUCGGAACGGACUUGACACAGCUGGAUCUCUCUCAAAAUGCACUGAUUUCCGUCCCGUCCCCCGCGUUACGAGACCUCCACCAUCUUCUGAUUUUGAAUUUGAACCGUAAUAAAAUCACAGCCAUCCACAGCAAGGCUUUCGAAGGUCUCGACACACUCGAAAUUCUCACCCUUUACGAAAACAAGAUCACUAACAUAGAGCCAGAUGCGUUCAAAGGACUUGACAACCGGAAACUCAAGAGGCUCAAUUUAGGCGGAAACGAGCUCACGAGGGUUCCAACUCAAGCAUUAUCGUCGUUAGAUUUGCUGAAGAAAUUAGAGAUGCAAGAAAAUCACAUAUCAAGUAUACAAGAAGGGGAUUUCGCAGGAUUGAAAGCACUCGAUUCAUUAGGAUUGGCGCACAAUCUCCUCCGUGAGGUCCCGGCGCGUGUAUUCUCCCACUUGACGCAAUUAAACUCUUUGGAACUCGACGGAAAUCAUAUUACCCACGUGGAUCCCAAUGCAUUUAUCGGUCUUGAGGAAAAUCUGCAGUAUUUGCGACUGGGAGAUAAUAAUUUGCAUUCAGUACCGAGCGACGCGCUGCGACGCUUACAUCGCUUACGGCACCUGGACUUGCGAUCGAACAACAUCACUGUACUUGCAGAGGACGCUUUCACGGGCUACGGAGAUUCCAUCACUUUCCUCAACCUACAGAAAAAUCUGAUUAAAGUGCUCCCGCCCCUGGUAUUCGAAAACCUCAAUUCGCUAGAAACCUUGAAUUUGCAAAACAACAAGCUCACGCAUAUUUCAGAAGAAGUCACGGAGAAUAUUGUCGACACUCUACGUCAUAUCGAUAUAACAGAUAACCCUCUGAUUUGCAACUGCGACUUGCGGUGGUACACCGUGUGGCUUGGGAACCUGCGCGACAAGGACGACGAGAUGAUGUCGAAGAAGCGGACCGCCUGCAUGAUGAUCAGUGAACACCGCGAGUACUCCGUGCCGAAUAUCCCGUUCGGGAAGUUGGGCUGCGUGGGCAAGAACGCCGGGAGGAUCUCAUCGGCGUCUGUCGCGUGUAAGAUGUACGUUGACGCAACGCUAACGCUGAUAGUCAUCGCUGCCGUUUUAGCGUAAUCCCGCGGGAGGAGCGCGACUUCGCGAUUGGAGUGCGUCAUCGACUUUUCGUUUCGACGCCGGCGAGACGUUUAACGACAUGCGUUCGCCGUUAACGUUUCCACGGAAUGCCACCAUGAUUGAGCCACGACGAGCCACAGCGACGAGUCUCGUCGUUCGUUACUUUAACGAAUAGUUUGCAAUGACGGGAAGCAUUUUCCCCUCGCGUUUCUUGCUAUUUAUUUCCCGGGGUAAUCGUGACGCGACAGCGGAGACGCGUCACGAUUCCACGCGAUAGACUGCGCUCGUCGACGUGGUGGAACCAGCCUUCUGCGGAGACUGACGUGACUCUCUCGCACGCGUGUCAUCGCGCGACAAUACGCGGCCUGUCGUAAAAAUGACAGAGGAGAGCUACGACGCGAAAAGUCGGUGCCUUGAAUCGUAGGAGAUCUUGUCGAACACCAGCUAGCAGUUGACGUAAAAGGCCCUCGAGCAUCCGGCAUCGUUACUCGAAACGGCAUCAUUAAACGAAUCGCUAUUGUUCGGUGCGACGGGGAGGAAUGACCGAUUGAUUCCUCCGCCGUUCGGGAAGUUGCUUUCUUACUUUUUUUCGCCAGCAGGCGUACAAGAACCGACGUCCGUCUCGUUUCGUGUAGAGAUACGUUCAGGCAUACAGUAAAUCGGAGUAGAUCAUUGCUUUCUCCUACAGACACGCGCCCAUGCGAUGCGACCGCGCAUGGACAAUCAGACGUGACGCGUGGUAACCCGCGACAAUCGACUUUUUGAGAACCGAGUGCUUUAAAUUCUUCCGGACGCUCCCGCGGUAUUUACUUUCGCAGUCCGAUCAGACCGGAAGAUUCUCCGUCGUUCACUCGAUUCGAUUAAUCUUCAGCACACGCGCACACGCGAUCAUCUAUUUUAUUGGCCGAGACAGUUUGCCCGAGAUAUUUGGACUUUAAUCGAAUCGACAAGAAAAUUCGAACCUCUCUUAGACGCUCGAGGAUCUACGAAUUAAUUUAUUUUCGCGGCGAAAUGCGCUUAAAGAUUCGGCGUCCGCAAAACACACGGAUUUAUUCGCAGCGUUCUUGAUCGGGCCCGCGGAAUAUGCGAGUCGCGUGAGUACAACAGUCGCGUUAACAAAGUUAAUCAUCACUGUAAGUCAGCUCGCGACAAAGCACCACGAGCGAUCCUUUCGAUUGCCGCGUGUCGAAAUGAUAUUCACUGACGUAGCAUGGCCGGCCGCUAAACGUAACGACGAGCGUAGGAGACGCACACGCUUGCUGUGACGGCGGAUUUAUUGCUGAUGGAAUCACUGUUAUUAAUGGGACUCUCAGACGCUCUACGAUCGAAUUGUAAACGACGCUAAUCGCGACCGCGCACGGCGAACUGUUUUAACCGCGACUUCCAGCCACUCAGUACGAUAAUGAAUUCAUCGGAGCGACUUUCCGUCUAAUCGAAAACAGCAAUAGGACGCAUAUCCGAUCAUACCCGAUCUUUAUCAUCCGGCAAUAAAAUGUCACUCGCUCGUACAGUUCGAUAGUAUAGAGUCUGAGCGACUACCAUGAUCGAACGUCGAUCGCACGAUCGAUCGGUGGACCGAAGAGUGCUCGUUCGCGAGGAGCGCGCGAGUUUUCUUCACCGGAACGUUACAUAUCAACAUCGUUGCCAAUUAUUUCGUGGUUAUCUGUUAAGCUCGCGGCGCGAGACGUAGUAUACUCACUAGCGGAUUCGAGCGGCCGGAAGUCAGUCGUCACUAGGCGGUUCCGGCCCGCUCGUCAUAUACAUAUCAAUACGUUCCUGUCGAACACGGGUGCUGCAGAUCGUCGGCAUGCCGCGGAAUUCUCGCGUCUCCCCCUCCCGCCCUGCUUCCGUGCGCCACGAUCUUCCGAGGUUUUCAAAUCGUUAUUAUCUAUCCUAAAAUCCGCGGUUUGGUAGAGCUUAGAUACUCACCACGAUUGCUCGAAGGUAGCUCGAUAGGAUAAUAUUUGACUAAUCGUAUAAUUAAACUUUCAGCAGACGAAUUAUUUUAUUCUCUUUCUCCCUUGAAUUAUUUAAUUAUUUCAUACAUGAGAAUAAUUUGUAUAAAAAAUGUACGUUUGUUGAGAUAUCGAUUAGGAAGUGAAGUCGGUCGAUUGAGUUUGCGUAAAACAACAAAAAUCAAAGUGAACGAAGUUGGACGAUACUCGUGAGAAGUCUCUCGUCGGCUUUUCUGCCGGACUGUCUCUGCGCAGUAGUCGCUGCUAACAUCUUGAGAUCGCCCCGAUACUUAACUCGAUUUGCAAAGGCCCGAUCGCACGAAAUGAGAUAACGACUGCUGAUGACACGUAAUAUACUCUCGGCAGGAAACCGACACUUGUUAAAGCCGGUAGAGCACAAACGCGGCCGUUCGGCCGCUCUACGAGCUUUACAUUCGGGCUACUUCGUCGCCGGCGUUCACGUGCGUGAACUAAAAUUGCAUCGCCGUCUCGCGAGAGAGGAAGCGUAUGCAACGCACGUGUCCGUCCUAAUCGCGAUGCACGAAACGCAAACGGUCCGGAGGUGCAUAAUUUCUCCCACGUUUAUAGAAUAUUUCUUCCUUCGCUCAGUACACGACGAAUAGUGAUUCGCGCUCACAUCCGGAAGAUCGCGACGUACGAAAAUACACGUUGCGCGCGCUUCGCUUCGAUGCAUCAUCGGCGAGCGCGUCCGACGGUGCAUCGGGCGAGCAGACGCGCUUCUCAGCGGAGGCUGAGAGAGCCUGCCGCGCGAGAGAUCGAUCGUAGAAGAGCUGUUCAAGGGACGUAGUGCUGAUCACAGUGCUAACAUGGAAAGUAACAUGUGUUUUGCUAUUCGAUACAUAUAAUAAGGAUAAAGUAGAAUUAAACCUAAGGCAUUAUCGUAAGACAUACAUGCCGCUUGGUGGCAUAUUAACCGGUACGAAUUGUAUGGCGCGCCGAGCUUGACUCUUCGGAAAAGAAUUUCGAAGCUAUCGAUUUCGUCGAGGAUAUUUUAAUCCUUUUGUUGUCGCGUUUAUCUUAAUUUAUGACUCAGCGAGUGUAUCCUAUCUCGCGGACUACCUGGCGGAGAGAAUUUGUACGAAUGAAAAUUUCGUGGCGUUAAAUCAUGGAACGACCGGCAGAAGAAUUUAUUAUUUGACGUAAAGUAACCUGUUAUUUUAGCGUUAUAUUUAGUAGAGUGUAAAUUAUACGCAUAUUGAUGAAAAAGGAACGAAAUGUCAUAGGAUCGAUAGAACGCGUUUUUUAAUUCGUGAGCGAAGAUAUUCUCCUUCGAAUGUGCGGGCAACGGUGCGCGACGGUAUCAUAUACACACAUACACAUAUCAUUUAUACGCCCAAGUUUAAUUGUAAGAUAAACUGAUUAAUUAAGUCGAUUUAAGGCUUGACGAAGCUAUAACGACUAAAGAUCGUAUACAUAUCGUAAACGUAUGAGAUUUAAGAGAAUUUAUUUGUUAACAUAUAUACAUAUAUAUAUAUAUAUAUAUAUAUACAUAUAUGUACACGUUGCAUAUAAUAUAUA